GGAGGUGCGUGUGGUGGAGUUGAAAGCACCGUCCAACACGUGAGGCUCAUGUGACGGUGUCGAGUCUGUGUCUCCAGCCGAGAGAGAGACGUGCCUGCAGUCACAGGGUUUAUUUAACACGUAGUCAAAACCCACCCAGCUCUCUCACACAUCGAGCCAGGCGUGGAAACCUCCUCAGACAGACAUACUACCGAGUCCGGACCUCAGGGUGACAACACAACACAGAGCAGCGCACCACAACUGCAGCUCUCACACACUGGAGAACAGGACAUAUACUUUUUUUUCUUCCUUUAUUUCUCAUAGGAUUUAUUUUUUCUCAUUUUUGAAAGUGCGACUUUUGAAGAGAUUUGGAUCGAUUUGAAGGCUUUUUUUAAAAAGUAAUUUCUCAAGCAAUAUGGAGAGGAUUACCAGCGCGCAACCACCUCCCUGUGUGCCAAAACACCCAUCAAUGGAUAUAGCUGACAUGCAAGGAAUGGAUUUUGUACCCAUGUAUGUGUACAAACCCAGAAGAGGCAUGAAGCGUGGAGAUGAGAGCAAGGAGACAUACAAGUUGCCCCACCGACUGAUCGAGAAGAAAAGACGCGACAGAAUCAACGAAUGCAUUGCCCAGCUGAAGGAUUUGUUGCCAGAACAUCUUAAGCUGACAACGCUGGGUCACUUGGAGAAAGCCGUGGUGCUGGAACUCACUCUCAAGCAUGUGAAAGCCCUGAGCGGCAUCCUGGAGCAGCAACAGCAGAAAAUUAUCGCGCUCCAGAACGACCUGCAAAUCGGUGAUCAUGGAGGCGACAGUGCAGAGAGCAGUGAGGAGAUGUUCCGCUCCGGCUUCCACUUGUGUGCAAAAGAGGUCCUCCACUAUCUGGCCAGCCAAGAAAGCAGCAGGGACUUGACUCCUUCACACGUCAUCAGCCAUAUCCAAAAGGUAGCAGCUGAAGUCCUGCAUCACGAGAGCAGCCUGCACCCAGACGAGUCCGUCCCCAGAGCUUCAGAGAAACAGAAGAAACCCGCCGGAGAGCCCCAGAGGGCGUCCGAGGGCUCGGCCAAGAACUGCGUCCCCGUCAUUCAAAGGACUUACCCCCAUGUGACAGGGGAGCAGAGCGGCAGCGACACAGACACUGACAGCGGAUACGGGGGAGAGCAUGAAAAGCGUGACCCCAAAGCCCAGUGGUCAGAGAGCUAUGCAAAGGAGGAGGAGCGCAGGCAAGCCGCGUCCGAGACGGCGGUCGGUGCCAUCAAGCAGGAGGGCGACGAGCCUCGGGCCAAGAAGGCGAGGUCCGAGUCCCCAGAGGACGAGAUGAUGUCCGGUCACCCGGCAGGAGGCCCCGGCGGCUACAUGGGCUUCUCCCCAAACCAGCCGUUCUGUCUCCCCUUCUACCUCGUCCCGCCUGCAACAGCGGCAGCAGCAGCCUAUCUGCCCAUGCUGGAGAAAUGCUGGUACCCCGGGGGCAUGCCGGUCAUGUACCCGGGCAUGAGCGGCUCUGCCCCAGCCACGCCUCCCACGUCUCUGGUGAUGUCCCCAAGGGCAGGGUCUCCAGCAUCCUACCAGAACCACAUGGACUCCUCCGUUCUCCACAAAGCUUUAAAGCAGGUCUCCCCGUUGAACUUGGAAACCAAAGACUGAACUCAACGUGUUUCUGUUGGAAUCUCGCCCUCUGAAUGUUGACGGGGUUGAAAAGAGGGUAAACACAAACGCACUGGUAUCCCUUCAAAGCGCAGACGUUGUUUGGCCCAUUUGACCCCCAGCAAAGACCUCAAAAGGUCACCGUCGUCCAUCGCCAGCUCCUCACACACUGAAACAGGACUUUUAGGGGCAACCUGGAGCGCCCACGUGAAGGCUCAUAGAUCACCUGUUGCAUGGAAACACUGUGAAGAUGAUAAAGACAAUGCAAGAGAUUGCAAGUUUUCUUUUCUAGUUUGUCUUCUCUGCACUCAGUGUUGAAUGUCAGAGGUUAACACAGAAUGUAAGGCCCCCUGAAAAAAACCUAUUUGGACCUACUUUUUGCACACAAACACCACUCUUUAAUGAAUGUAAAGUUUGAACAAAAGCCCCUUGUAGAUGCUGCUUGAACCUCCUGCUGUAGAUCUGUGAAUGGAAGAUCUACCUACAGUGUUUGUCGCUCCUGUAACUGCAACAAACCACUGUUUAGACUAGUUACCAAAAAAACAAAUUGUGACAAGAGGCGUCACAAAAGACAUUUGCUCCUUUGAUCCUUCAAUUACCUUGCAGCUAAAUGAACAGUGUUCACGGCGUUCAAAGAAUUCAGGGUGUUGUCACUGUACAAGGUGUGUCACUCACACAUGUCUGUUUGAAAGUGGUCAUACGUGCUUUUACGUUUUUUUGAUUUGUGACUCAUGACUAUUUGUGCAUCUAGAUGGAGUCCCUGUGAAGUGAUGUCUCGUAAUUCAUUUUGUUUAUACUACUCGUACAUCUCUAUUUUUGAUACGUGACCCGCUGAGUGUAUUCGCAUCGCUACCGGAAGACGGAUGAGGUAGUCAUUCGCUGUACGCCAAGAGGACGUGUACAGUAUAUAGCAUUGUGCUCAACCAGAUUUGCAUCUUGCCCACAAAUUCCCAGUCAAGUUAAGGCCUGAUCUUAGCUCAUGCUGUUGCCUUUUUACUCGUGUAACGCAGACACAACGACGGCAGGUGUUUCAAUGUAUUUCGCUUUAAAUGUUGUGUCUGUGGCAAAGAGAGUGAAUGUAAAGUUCAAGACAAAAAUAAUAGUUUUGUAUAGAAAGAGGUACUUGGGAUUUUUAUUUUGAAAUGUAACAAAAAGGUUGUUUGUUGUACAUAUUUUGUAUAUAAAGUAUUAUUGAUAUAUAUUAAAAUAUUAAUAAAAGCUUUUUUUUCCCUCC